CCGCGUAUCUCACGUACCGCGAAACUCAAGAACAAUCUGUUUUGUGUCUGUCCUGUCUUGUCGUCAGCCUAGCUGUGUGUGCGAUUCGUUUAAUUUUCUUUGUGUAAAACCGGCAGAAAUAUACCUGGAAAUAGUGUCCCAUCGUAAUAUCGCGAACUACAAUACGCGGGAAAGGUUUGUGAAACGCGUUCGGUUCGGUUAUUAGCGCACAAACGGUACAAUCUGCUGGAUGACGCUACGGUUGAUCCAGCCAUGGAGUACUACGCCAUUUUCAUACCAAACAACACGUCCAACUUCGCCAUCAAAAGCUUCUACAACAAUAAAAUUGAAGCACUGGGUGCAUUGAAGCUGCACAAAGAUGCACGCAUGAAAGCGUUUUCCUCGAGCGAAGAAGCAGUCUACUUUUACCUGCAUGGACCGUCUGAAGGAGCAGCUCCGAUUAUGGGUGGUGGUGGUGGUGGUGGGGCUGCUGCUGCAGCGCCUGGUAGUCCGAUACCUUCCGCUGAGCGUAAGGUUCCAAAGUCACCAUUCGUCGCACCAUCAAGCCAGAAGCUGGUAGCGUUCCGGAAACUUAUCGAAGCCAACAACAUCGAGGAAGUGCGCACAAUGGUUUUGCAAAAUCCGCGCUAUCUAAUCAGCUCAGGUGACACACCAACCAUCCUUAAGGAAGGCCCGCGGUACAACGCACUGCACAUAACUGCAAUCGAAGGACGGAGCGACAUUUGUCGACUGAUUCUUCAAACGAUAGAAAACCCGUCCUACAUCGAACUGCUGCACGGACAACGCACAUCCUCGACCGAUGAAGUAACUGCCAUACUGCUCGAUCUGUAUCUGAACACACCGGACAAGUGCCGGAACGAAACGCCACUCCAUUUUGCCGCCAAGCUCGGUUGGGUGGAAGUGGUAAAGGAACUGAUUGCCUUCCCACAGUGUCAAGUGAAGCCAAACAAGGAUGGGUUGUAUCCGCGGGAAAUUAUCUGCAGCCGGGCGAAGCCAGCAAACAGUACGGUUGAGAUACGGGAAGCUAUUUAUGCGCUGCUAAAGGAAAACUUUUUCGUCCCGGUGAUACGCACGGAGGACAACAGCUUACCGCCAGUCGUGGGUGAACCGUUUUCCCCGACCGAGCUGCCCAAGCUGGAUGAAUCGCGGGACAAAUUGAAUGCUCGGCGUGAAAUUAAAGCGUACGCCGGUCCGAUGGAUCAGGAAAAAGCGGUACGGUUUUGUAAGCGGUGGAAAACGCCACCUAGACUGAAAAUUCUUGGAACGGCUAAGGUACAAAGCGAUAGUAAGUUGUCGGAGAUGCGGAAAAGUUCGACACCGAUCAAAGGAACCGCUCGUCGGCUGUUUGCGAACCGUUCGUUCGAUGGCAGGCUGGAGGAGGAGGAAGCUGGCGAACAGCAAGAGCGACGCAACAAUAACACGCUCAUCGAUUCGAGCUUGGACGAAAGCCUGGUACAGUGUGAGAAAUUCAUCCCUGACGACAACGGCAACCACUUACGAAUGGCCACGCCAAAUCGGCUACCGUACACGCCUAAUCGGCUAUUUUUUUCGUACCGCAAUCACCUAGCAAACGACAGCAUAGAUACGGAAGAUUCGUUCUGCGCCAACGAGGCGGACGCUGCCAACUUCAGCUACGUAUGCGAGGAAACGCAAACGACGUACGAAAAAGCGAAUGUGACGGAAUCGCCCUCGUUCAAGGAACGCUCCAUACGCAUCACGGACCCGGCAAAAGGUCUCGAAAUGGUCGGACGUAUGUUGGCCGAAAAGGAGCAGGUUGGCUGGAAAGAGUAUUGGAACUUUUUGGGCACAUUCUGUAACAUAGCGGAUGAGACGGGUCUAACCAUGCUGGAACAAUAUCUAGCGCAGAAGAAACAACAAAUGGAAGGUGCUGAUGGACAGGAAGUGGAAAGCCUCCCGGAAAGUGACGGCCAUUCGACGUGCCAAAAGGAAUCGUCGUUUAACGACGUGAUGAACAUGAUUUGUGAAUCGACCGAAAAGAUGAGCCUCAACAUAGCCGACGAGUUGCAACGCACAGCCGUUUCGAACCCAUAUCGCUGCCUGCUGAAUUCGUUGCACGUGUUCGGCACGCGGUUGGUCAACAGUGUCUUGAAACCGACGGCAAAGAGUGCUUCCGACGAUUCUGUUGGUGAAACGUUCCAAUCCCAGAUCCGUCAACUAGAGAAGCUGGUCGAAAACUAUCGAAACGAUGCAACAUUUCGCAUGAUCGAUUUCUCCAAAGUGCAUUCACUGUUUGCGUACUUGAUCGUGGCAAAUGUGCCACAGAACAAUCGGACCGGCGAAGAAAAGCCAUCCAACAUGUGGAAACCAUUGCUGCGCAGCGAUUCGUUGAACGAAACAGCAAAAUGUGUCGCUAAGUUUCUGUCGCAUUUUUCCGACGACCCAACGACGGUUGCUGCUCCCUUUGACGGUGGUGAUCAAACGGAGUGGAACUCGAAAACCAUGUGGGAGGAUAAUGUGCACAUUCUGCCUUGUAACUGUCGCACCGAUAUACCAACGCACAACACAGGGAAAGGUAUACUGGAGAGAAUGAACAAACGGCGUGAAAAGCGUGCGAUUCGCACACCGUCUGCGUCGGAACCGGUUCCGCCAGCGAAUGUAGUGGUUGAUUUCCACACGUAUCGUAGCGCUGGAACAGUGCGAGAACUUACACCGGAAGGAUCGUUCGAUGAGGAUGAACGAUACUACAGCUGCAGUGAUUCGGAGAACGAACAGGAAGAUGUGUUCUUUACGCCACCCUCCAGCCCGAAAGCGGUGCGUAAGGAUCACAACGGAAACAGCGAUGAGACAGCCCAGACACACUUGAAGAAAGCAAACAGCGCUGGGCCAUCGAAUGGAUUAAUGGAACAGAACGGGAUGGAAGAGGACAACGAGUGUUAUAGUGUGUUCAUUUCCGGUUCGUCACCAACCCAGCAGGACUUUGACGUUUGGAAUGUGCUGAAAAUGGUCGACGUUGAUCCGUUGUCCUAUCCGCACGUGUGCGCCUGGAAGGGGGCGAUGGCUGAAUAUUAUUCGUAGCCGGGUUAUCACUUUAACCCGUUGUGUUCAUGUCUCGAAUCUCGAAUAAAGAUCCUUUUUUUGUAACGUUGUUAGACAAAAGCAUGAGAUGCUUGAGAACCAAAAUAAAUGAUGAUUGUUUCUUUUGCGGCCUUAAUACUAUA